AUGUCUUCGGGGCUAUCUUGUGGUUGUCUGGGGGAUGAUAAAGUCAUCAGACUAAGCCACUGUGGAGAAAUGUCUAUCAUUAAGAUGCAAGCACUUGGAAGAGGACUUAUGAAAGACCAGUUUUCAAAAACUACCACAAUUUACUGCAGACAAGUUCCUGUCUGUUUUUCAGUCCUCAUCCCUAUCUUCCUACUUAUUUUCUCCCUGGUUACACCCGCUCUGUCCAUUCAUAUGGAGUCCAUAGAGAGCCACAGUGAAUUUAGCUGUGAGCCCAUCAGACUGAGAAUGUGCCAGGAUCUGCCUUACAACACCACCUUCAUGCCCAAUCUACUGAAUCACUACGACCAGCAAACGGCUGCACUAGCCAUGGAGCCUUUCCAUCCCAUGGUGAACCUAGUGUGCAGUGCUGACCUGAGGAUGUUCCUGUGUGCCCUGUAUGCUCCGGUGUGCACUGUUUACGGCCAGGUGUCCAUGCCAUGCCGAUCUCUCUGCCAGCGGGCCAAGGAUGAGUGCCACAAACUAAUGGAGAUAUUUGGAGUAGCCUGGCCAGAUGACAUGGAGUGUAGCAGGUUCCCAGAUUGCGACGAGCCCUAUCCUCGUCCAGAGGACCUGCUAACAAGCUCUGACCCCACUGACCAGUCGUCCAUGACUGUCCAGAGAGACUACGGUUUCUGGUGCCCCAGAGAGCUCAAAGUCGACCCAGACCUGGGUUACACAUUCAUGGGCAAGAAGGACUGCUCUGCCCCGUGCCCCUCAAUGUUCUUCAACCAGCAGGAGCUGACCUUCAUCCGCUACUUCAUAGGAGUCGUUUCCAUUGUCUGUCUAUCUGCAACGCUCUUUACCUUCCUGACGUUCCUCAUUGAUGUUACCAGGUUUCGAUACCCUGAGCGGCCAAUAAUCUUCUACGCUGUGUGUUAUGUCAUGGUAUCACUGGUUUUCUUUCUGGGGUUUCUGUUGGAGGACAGGGUAGCAUGCAAUGCAGUCAGCCCUUCCCAGUUCAGAGCUUCAACCAUAACACAGGGCUCACACAACAAGGUAUGCACCCUGUUCUUCAUGGUCCUGUAUUUCUUCACCAUGGCCGGCAGCGUGUGGUGGGUCAUACUGACAAUCACUUGGUUCCUGGCCGCUGUGCCUAAAUGGGGUAGCGAGGCCAUUGAGAAAAAAGCCCUCCUCUUCCAUGCUGUUGCCUGGGGGCUCCCAGGGGCCCUGACUGUCACCCUCUUGGCCCUGAACAAAAUUGAAGGAGAUGGGAUCAGUGGAGUGUGUUUCAUAGGGUUGUAUGACAUAGAUGCCCUGAGGUGGUUUGUUCUGGCACCACUCUGCCUCAACGUGGCGGUGGGUGUGUCUCUCCUGUUAGUAGGCAUUGUGGCUCUGAACCGGGUGCGCAUGGAAAUCCCUCUGGAGAAGGAGAACCAGACCAAACUAGUCAAGUUCAUGAUUCGAAUGGGAGUGUUCUCGGUGCUCUACCUUGUCCCCUUGUUGACUGUGAUUGGGUGCUACCUGUACGAACACACUUACCGAAGCAGUUGGGAGACAACAUGGAUUGACGAGAACUGCAGGCACCAUCACAUCCCCUGCCCAUACAAGGUGGAGCAGACCAGCCGGCCAGCCAUGGUAUUGUUCCUAAUUAAAUAUCUGAUGAUGUUGGUGGUGGGGAUCCCAUCUGUUUUCUGGGUGGGCAGCAAAAAGACCUGUUUUGAAUGGGCCAGCUUCCUGCAUGGACGCAGACGCAAAGACAGUGGGGUGAAUGAGUCCCGUCAGGUGCUGCAGGAGCAGCCAGACUUUGCCCAGUCUCUGCUGCGAGAACCCAACACCCCCAUCGUUAGGAAGUCCAGAGGAACAUCCACUCAGGGCACUUCAACCCAUGCCUCUUCCACCCAUUUGGCUGCCCUAGACGACCUUGAUGAACCAGUCAGAAGUCACCACGGCCCCCCCACCUCCACCAGGAGUAAGGCCAGCAGUGUCCACAGCAAGGCCAGCUACCAUGGCAGCCUGCGCCGCAUUCGUGACGACAGGAGUGAUACUAUGGUUUGCCGAGGUACAGAGGAGCGCAGUUUCCAUGGCAGCAUGCCACGUCUGGACCACCCGCUCUCCGCUCACAGCAGUCUCCAUCAGAUAGACGGCCACUCAAGGCACGGCAGCCAGCGAGACGUAUCUGAGGCCCCAUCAACCCUCAUCACCCACGGAACAACGGGAAGUGACAGCCAAGCUGCUGAGAAUGACGGCACCAGUGCCUGAGAAGAGAAGAUUAUUGGAAGGAUGCUUUCGAUGCCUUUCAAAGGAAGAUUUGCCCUCUGCUGAUACACACCCAUCUGUGUGUAAGUGUUUUCCUCUGUUAAGGUGGAGAAUGUACCAGUGAGGGCUGUGGUGGGGAUUUUUGGCUUAAGUUCCUUGCUUUGUUAGCAGUGUGGCUAAAAGUUUAGCCAGUGAACUUGACUGAUCUCUCAUAGAUUCUGUUUAGUUUCACUGUAAAGCUGAAGUUUGUUUACGUAAUGUUUUGAAGUUACAUGGCAGAUGACUACCGAAGGCUUGACUAAAACAGGCAACAAGAACAAAUCCAUCUCUUCGGACGCUUGAUGACAUUAGUGAUGCUGACUUUAUUCAGGGAUCAUUUUGGUUGAGCCCAGGUAAACCAGAGCUAGCACUGGAUAGGAAAAACUGAAAAAGUGGGAUGGAUCACCAUCUUGCAGGACCUACCUGAAUAUUUUUUAAUAUGUGAAGUAUUGAUUUUGUAACUAUCUUAACUGGUUUGCCCACUGUCUUGGUAAUGUCUCACAUAAAAGUUGACUUAUUUGAGUCUCAGUCUUGACUGAGACUUUAUUCUCAUUCUUUGUUUGCUCUGGACUGCAGCUCUUAAUGAAAGAUGUUUAUCUUUGUGUGGCUUCAGAGACCGAUAAAUAUGGGCUUAAUGUGAAAUCGUGGACCUCUGUGUGGUUUAGUGAAUAUUUUUAUACUGUGAAAAUUGUCCGUCCGCUGCUGAAAGCUUUAGUGAGUGUGUGUGAGACUGAGUGAGAAAUGGAGAUACAAGUGGUCAUGUAUGUUUAACUCCAGUGGUGAACAGAGAAAGAUGAAUGGAGGGAGCUGAAAGAUUUAAGCAACCCAGAAUGUAAAAGGGUUGUUUCACAGUCAGAAAGAUGGUGAUAUAAUGCGGGCAUGGUCGGGUGAAAUGAGCUGGAAUAAUGUGUAGACACACACUCACAUUGGCCUCCAAAAAACAUUUAACCACAGACUUUUCUGAAUAGACGCAUUAGCCUGACAGACAGAAAAGAUAGUUUAGGAAAAAAAAAGAAGAAUCCAAAAGGUUAUAAGAGUUGGCUGAUAAAUUCAGGUACACAUUUAUAUUUCCAUUCAAGAUUAAUGGCUGUAUAGACUGGAGUUUAAUUUUAAAAUGAAAACUGAUAACAGUGCUUUAUCCUGCAAUCUGUCACACACACAAGGCUGAAAGGUUGUUUUUUGAGAGCAAGUGCUUUUUUUCUAAUGUACUUUUCCCAACUGUACUUGAUAUGUACCUAAACUGCUACUGUACAUGCUCUUCGCUCGCGUUUGUUUGUGUUGUUCAGAAAUCGAACUCAAACUUACCCAAAGAGGUGCAGACAAUUGGCAGUAAAACUGUAGAAAAGGAAAUGUUUGCUAAUUGCAACAUUUUUUCUGACAUCAUUUUACGUUUAAGUAAAUGUUACAGGAAGUGUAUAUUGUAAAAAAAAAAAAAAAAAUACUUUGUGUUUUGUUCCCAAUCCCUAAAUACCAUAUUAACCUACCUCACCUGUACCCUCAGCCUUCUCUGCACACACACACACACACACACACACACACACACACACACACACACACACCUGCUCCAGUUUUAAGUUUCUCAUGACCAACCCCUGUACUGUCAACUUACCUGCCUGCAUACAGUAUCUGUUGUGCAGAUAUUCUCCAUCCUAUCUGAUGACUAAUCUGCCUCACAUCUGCCUUCUGCCUCUCCUCCUGUAAAUGUGCCCACGCUAAUCUAUUUUGGACCUACAGCAACUGUCUGUACUCUUCAAAGUUGUUACAAACAUUAACCGUUGUGCUUUUACCUCUGAAGUGGACAUUAAAGCGAAAGAUGCUGUGUUAAACACGGUCAUUGAACUCAAGAUGACAUCUCCCCUUUUCAGCUAUAAAUAUCUUAUUCUUGUAAGUUCACCUAAGUCUGUGAUCAGUAAUAUUAGUCCCCCACAAUGAGACAUGACAAAGAGGAGCUUUCCUUGCUCCGUGAUUUCUGAUGUCAUGCUGUGAUACAGCCUCCGUGAGCUGCAGUCGCUGGAGAAUAUGACCUGUAUCAAUGAUGGUUACAAAAAAUAUAAUGUGAAACUUGAGUUGUAUUUGCCUUUUAAUUUAUUUGCAGUUUGGGACUGUAAUGACUUCUUUUACAUGCAGUCUAAUAAACUUUUUAUAGACUU